UCCCGGCGUGACCCGUGAUUGGUCCGUUUCAAUCCUCGCGGGCUACUUGAACUGAGAGAAAGCAAUGUCUGUUAUGCAUGUUCCCGUGUAAAUGGACUGAGGCUAGCUGGCUCUGCUGCAGGUUGGUAGUAACUUCGAGACAAAUUACGAGCACGUUUAAACCUCUCGUGAAGCCUGUACCCAACAACUGGGCUUUUUGUGUGGAUUAUAGAGUCGUUGCCAUAUCAACGGCGUAGUUUAACCUGCUCCAGCAAGGUAGCAGCUAAUGCUAGCCUCCCUAUAACCGUCCACACGCGAUUAUCUUAACCCACUUGAGGUUUAUAUUUAUAUAUACACGCAGUGUGCAACUCAGCUGUAGUACUAGCCUUUUAAAGGCAAACGGAUACAAGUUAGAUCGUUCCUUGAGUGGCACCAUGGCUGGCGCUAACCGAGGCCAAGCUAGCGUGGCUAGCGAGCUUCACAACCAGGAGAAUAUGCUGUCAAGACUGAGGGGCUCCCUGAAACCCAGAGCUGGUCCGAGCGAGAACCAAGAGAACCUUCCCCCGAAACAAGCGACCGGCAGCAGCAGAACCGUCCUGGGAGCCCUGCAGAACAACCACCGGAGCAAAGCUCAGAACCAGCGCGCCACGAAACAGGAGUCGUCACAGACCUUGUCGUGCAAAAAUGAAGACUUGGGCAAAAGCUGCACGGAGAAGCCCGCCGCCAAGCAGCCCGCUUUCCAGAUCCAUGUGGAUGAGCCCGAUGGCACCUGCAUCAAGAAGCCACAGCUUGUCGAUGCUGUCAAAGCCAAGGCCAUCUCUGAAACGAUUAAUGCUGUGGCAAAGCUCCGACAGCCCCUGGCAACCAUUGAUAUGGAUCUCAGCUUUGACUCUCCAAUGGACAUGUCUGUGGUUGAGGGAGAGGAUAAACCAGUGGAUGCAAAUGAAGUUCCAGAGUAUGCUGCUGAAAUCCACACAUACCUGAGGGACAUGGAGGUAAAAACCAGACCCAAAGCCGGCUACAUGAAGAAGCAGCCUGACAUCACAAACAGCAUGAGGGCCAUCCUGGUGGACUGGCUGGUCGAGGUUGGAGAAGAGUACAAGCUCCAGAAUGAGACCCUUUAUCUGGCUGUAAACUACAUCGAUCGCUUCCUCUCCUCCAUGUCUGUCCUGAGGGGGAAACUUCAGCUGGUUGGGACUGCUGCCAUGCUGUUGGCUUCGAAAUUUGAGGAGAUCUAUCCUCCGGAGGUGGCAGAGUUUGUCUACAUCACGGAUGAUACCUACACCAAGAAGCAAGUGUUAAGAAUGGAGCACCUGGUGCUUAAAGUGCUCUCCUUUGAUCUGGCCGCACCAACCAUCACCCAGUUUCUCACCCAGUACUUCCUUCACCAUUCUGUUAACAAACAAGUGGAGAGCCUGUCAAUGUAUCUCGGGGAGCUCAGUCUGGUCGAUUCGGAUCCCUUCCUGAAGUACCUCCCGUCACAUACAGCUGCUGCAGCCUACACUCUGGCAAACCACACUGUGACUGGCGGCUCAUGGCCCAAGUCCAUGACGGAGAUGACCGGCUACUCGCUUGAAGAGCUGAUGCCAUGUGUCGAGGAUCUGCACCAAACCUUCCUCAGCGCUGCGCAGCAUGCUCAGCAGUCUGUUCGGGAGAAGUACAAGGGCCCCAAAUACUCUGAUGUUUCCCUCAUCGACGCUCCAUCUAAAUUGCUGCUGAACUAACUUCUUUUUUUUUUUUUUUUGCCCUCCCUUGUAAUGUAGAGUUUUGUACCCGUGUCAGACAUUAAGAUUUUUCUUUUUUAAAUGAUGUGUUUCACAAUUUAAAUGACAUGGCCUGCUCUUCUUGGAGUAGCGUUCAAUGUUUAGAGUUUUUACGGUAUUUUUAUAUACUCAAUCUUGACAUUCAUACCAGAUACUACAGUCGUGUUGGCUAAUCAAGCAGUUUUACUAAUCACAGACAAAAACCCUCGUCUUUGCUCUACAGUGUCGAGAACUCCGAUAGACUUGCGAUGUACUAAAACCCAAUUUUUUAAAAAGGUUAAGUUGAUGGCAGUUAUUGUUGCUGGUUCAUCUUGAGAGGUGCAACCUUUAGGGCCUCAUGGGAUGCACAUUAAAGUACAUUUUUGUCUGUAA